GGUAGGGCGAGGGCAAAGAGACGGACGGGCGGAUAGAGAAGGGCGGCCGGCUGGACGGUCGGAGGAGCGGGAGAGCGGGCAUGGCCGGGCUGGAGCUGAGCUGCCAGGUGUCGGAGGAGAAUCCAGGACGCGGGGAGGCCUUCUGGGCCCAGUGGCAGGAUCUGAGCCUGACGACGCGCCCGGAAGAAGGGUGCUCUCUGCACGAGGAGGAUGCCCAGCGGAGGGAGACGUACCACCGGCAGGGCCAAUGCCAAGUGCUGGAGCAGCGGGCACCUUGGAUGGUGAUGCGGCUGGGCCUCUUGGGCCAGGGGCUGCAGGAGUACCAGCUGCCCUACGUGCGGGUUCUGCCCUUGCCCAUCUUCAAGCCCGCUCACCUCGGGGGCAAGGAGACACGCGAGGAGACCCCGACGCCGGUCCGGGGGUUGCUGGCUUUGGAGACGGCGUUGGGCGGGCACUGCCCGGACCGCCGCGAGAUGGCGGAGAUCACCAAGGAGCUGCCCCCGGUGGUGCCCGCCAGCCGGCCCGGCUUCACCAAGCCCGGCGCCCCGCACCGCUCCCUGUCCCGCUCCAUGUCCCAGGAGGCCCAGAGGGGCUGAGCCCAGAGAGGCGCCCCGCUGCCGCCGCGCCCGGGUGAAGAGGGCCUCGUCCUGCCCACCCUGGCCGUGGCGGGGCCCGGGGCCGACUUCGAGGAGGUCUGUCGCGAAGCUUUGUAGUUUGGUCAGACACGGGGGCUGGGCACCUGGGGGCUCCGGUGCCCGCAGAGAGACGGACGGAGACAGAGGGAUGGGGGCCGGGAGCCGGGGCGGGGGCGGGGGCCGGGAGCGGCCCUCCCGAGACCUCCGAAGGGGCUGGAGGAGCCGGGGAUGCGAUGUGGGAGGGGGGGAUGUGUCUGGCGGAGCCCUGGGGCCGGGGGAGGUGGUGGGUACUAGACGAGGGACCUCGCUGCCCCCCACUCACUGUGUUAGUCCUGCAAAUAAACCGCUCAACCCAG